GGAAGAGAAGCGGGUCUGCUCUUGGAGGGAGGAAGGCAAGAAGGAGAGAGGCAGGCAGCACCAUGUCGAAGCCUUCCGACCACAUCAAGCGGCCCAUGAACGCCUUCAUGGUGUGGUCCCGGGGCCAGCGGCGGAAGAUGGCCCAGGAGAACCCUAAAAUGCACAACUCGGAGAUUAGCAAGCGUCUGGGCGCGGAGUGGAAGCUGCUCUCGGAGGCGGAGAAGCGGCCCUACAUCGACGAGGCCAAGCGGCUGCGCGCCCAGCACAUGAAGGAGCACCCCGACUACAAGUACCGGCCGCGGCGCAAGCCCAAGAACCUGCUCAAGAAGGACAGGUACGUCUUCCCCUUGCCUUACCUGGGCGACGCCGACCCCCUGAAGGCGGCCGGGCUGCCCCUGGGCGCCUCGGACUCGCUGCUGGGCUCGGCGACCGAGAAGGCCCGCGCCUUCCUGCCCCCGACCUCGGCGCCCUACUCGCUCCUGGACCCCGGGCAGUUCGGCUCCGGCGCCCUGCAGAAGAUGAGCGAGGUGCCGCACACCCUGGCCGCCGCCGGCGCCCUGCCCUACGCCUCCAGCCUGGGCUACCAGAACGGGGCCUUUGGCGCCCUGGGCUGCCCCAGCCAGCACACCCACACCCACCCCUCGCCCACCAACCCGGGCUACGUGGUGCCCUGUAACUGUUCGGCCUGGUCGGCCUCCAGUUUGCAGCCCCCCGUGGCCUACAUCCUCUUCCCGGGCAUGGCCAAGGCCGGGCUAGACCCCUAUUCCUCAGCGCACGCCACCGCCAUGUAACACCACCCAGGCAGGCAGGCAGGCAGGCAGCACACCUCCACCACCACCACCACCACCAACCACCACCACCUCCGCAGCCGCGGCAGAGCCAGCAGAGCAGCAGCAGCAGCAGCAACAACAACAACAACAAACCCCACCUCCCACUGACAGACAGCCCCACCACCAUCACACCCCGCAGGAUGGAGGAGGAGAGAGCCUACCCUGGCCGGCCCUUGGAGCGGGAACCCCUUCAUUUGACCUGCAUGUCACAUAGCGAGACUCCACAGAUAUUUUUUACAAAGGCACCUGAGUGCGGGACUGCUGCCCUGGGGACUCACCUGGGGAAAAAAAGACUUUCCAGACUCCUUUUUUUUUUGUCACCCCACCCCGAAGGAAAACGAUGAGACUUUGCAAUCUCAUUGUUGGGGAAUCUGAGGGGUUAUGGGCCCAGCUCAUCCAAAACAAACUAACUAACUAACAAACUCCCCCACCCAAAUGCACCCGAAAAAAGGAGUUUUCUUUCUUUCUUUCUUUCUUUCUGCACUUGGGGCUCAGAGGUGCCCGAAACUUGUAAGAAUUGUAAAUGUGUAUCAAACUUUUAAUGGCUCCUCUUUUUUUGGCGAGAAGGUCAAACAUCUCCUUUCUUUUUGUGUUUUUUUAAAUAUAUAUAUAUUAUUUAUUACCUGUAUGUCUAUGACAGGCAUGGACAAGCUUGGGCCUUCCUCUAGGUGUUUUGGACUCCAACUCCCACCAUUCCUAACAGCCUCAGGCCCUUUCCUUUUCCCCCUCAGCCG